AUUACUAAUUUACAUUCUACUAUAAUACAUUCUGCUGUGUCGCUACCGUCUUCAACAACUGUGUAAACAGAAUGAUCGCGACUAGUCUUUAUAAUUAAUUUCAUAGAGAAUUGCAAACUGGCUUUGUUGAUGUGAUAAUGAUAGAGGACGAUAUGGACGAUACUGUGAAUAUGACGAACAAGUUCGUUUUCCGUUCUGCGAAUUUUGAACGUAUGAUUUUGCGUUAACUACUAGCUACGAUUAUUUGUGAUAAAUACGUUGGAGAAUUAAUGAUACUCUAAGACGUAAAAGUCAGCCACGGCUAUGUUAUUUGUUCUAUGAAAUGGACUUAACGCAUUACAUUUCCAACCUUUAUUGUGCAUGCGCAUCUGAACUGGAAUAUCGAGGAGAAUUUUAUAGUAAUGAAAUUCAAUAACUUCUGUUUCAAAUACAGGAUUACUGAUUCCGCUUGUCCGUGCUUGUAUCAUCAGGUAUGUAUAGCUACAUUAACUACAUACAUGCUAAUGAUGUCUGUGCGUGCGUUGGUCUACCUUGAAUUGUUAUGUGCGGUAAUCAGUCCAUUCUGGUUCAAAGGUGAAUUAGAUUUCUCCGUGUUCCCCUACGACACAAGAUGAUGUACAAGAUGUUUUAGAAAUCAAUGAUGCAAGGAAUAGUAAUGAAGGUUAGUGGUGAAACAAACAUUCUUUUCCACUAUAACCCAUUGUCGCUUCAUUUUUGGAAAAUAAAUUUAUUAAGAUAGAUGUCUAUCAUUUUUGUAAGAUUUCCAUAACGCUGUUCCUUUUUUGAGUUUGCAUUUUUGCAAUAAUUGAUAGUAUUAGAGAUAUAUUAUUUAAUAUAAUAAUAUAAGGAUAAAGUAACAUAACCUAAAUAUGGCCGGUUGUCGCACCACAUAUUCAGCGUUCGUAGCCACAUUAGUAUGCAAAAUAUAUCGCUAUAUAAGGUAGAAUAAGACAUUAGGAACGCGAUUCAAUAAUUAAUGUUGUCGUGAUAUUCAAAAUGGAAGUUUUCAUUUAAUAAACGUUCGCAAAAUUUCAAUAACAUUGCGAAUGAAUACAAUUUCAUUAAAAAAUUCUUGUUCAUUUAAACGUCAGUCAUUCAUGCCAGAUUGAUUUGCACGUUCUACAAUUUACAAUUUACCUCAAUUCAUCUAUACAAACAUUACGUAAAAAAACGCACGUCAAGGAUACCUUUGCAGAUAUGCAAAUAUAACUGAUCAUUUCAUAUCACCACAAGGAAAGGUUAACUGUACAUACGAUAGCAAUGUAAUAACUGGUUGUAAUCGUAGAAUAAGAAGAGUGUACACUUUUAACCUUGUUUUCACCGAACAUAUGCAAGUGUGACACUUCAUGAAUUUCAAAAGUCAUUAUUAACGAGUCCAGACAUUCGACAACGUGGAAAUUUUUUUUUGUAACCAGAUACAAACAAGACCGUGUAAUCGUCGACGGAUGGAGAAUUUGUCGACGAAACCACGUAGUUCCUCUUAACUAAUGAUGCAAUUCCAACAGGUCAUUGAAUACGCGAAUGUUUCAAACGAUCGUGCAAGUAAAUGGCCUACAGUGUGAAUCCUUGAAGACUGUUUUCCACCUGUGUGCCACCUUUCGUCGGCACGAAGGAAUCUCUCAAGGGUUGUAUCCAGCGUGGGGGAGUCGAUCACGGUUAGCCACACAGCGAAGUAACCCCGUCCACCAGGAUAGAACUGUUGAAAAAUGGAAGAACCCUUAUCUUGGAGGAUACCUGAAAGCACUCGACGAGAAUCCCAUUCGGCUGGCAGUUGAUAAACCGAAGGAAAGGAUCGUGGAAAGAUCGUAGGCCUAUCGAGAGUGGCAGGUAAGAAGUAAAAAGGAAGGAAGAAAAAGCGUGAUCUAGAGUGGACAAACGUCAAGAAAAAGACGUUUCGAGGACGUGAAAGAGCGUAAAGAGGGAUGUCUGAAUGGGUGGUGUCUGCUCGUGUCGAGGUCGCGGUAGCCAGGUAAAUGCUGGCUCGAUCCUUGAUCGAGUGAUCAGUCAUGCGAGCGACGAGGAUCAAUGUCUAUUGUAUCGUCUGGCCAAUUACAAGAAGGGCGGCGAGCUGAUCGAGUCGUACAAUCAAGGUGGCCAAGCGGAAGUGGAAAAAUUGAUCAGGGAACAGUUCGGUGUACUGAUGUACGCAGAUGGGAAGGGUCAGGCGAUCAAUCGGGCGGAAUAUCUACGUUGGAAAUUCCGUGACCUCGAGCAAGUUGUGCUGCCAAUAGAGGCUUCUUUGUCACAGUUCGAUCCUCUGGCUCAAUGGAACGAUCAUGAAGCAUGUUGGCAGAUGCAAUAUAGAGGAUCACUCGGAGAGACUCUUCUGCAUGUCCUGAUCAUAUGCGAUACCAGGAUACACACACGACUAGCGCGUAUUCUGCUUAAGUGCUUUCCACGAUUGGCUAUUGACGUAGUCGAGGGCGAGGAGUACCUCGGCGCUAGCGCUCUGCAUCUCGCUAUCGCGUACAACAAUAAUGAACUGGUUCAAGAUCUCGUGGAGGCGGGUGCGAUUAUUUCUCAGAGGGCGAUAGGCAGCUUUUUCCUGCCUAGGGACCAACAACGAACGAAUCCAGCUAAGAAUACGGAUUACGAGGGAUUAGCAUACCUAGGAGAGUAUCCCCUUGCCUGGGCUGCUUGCUGUGCAAACGAGAGUGUUUACAACUUAUUACUCGACUCUGGCGCUGAUCCCGACGAGCAGGACUCUUUUGGGAACAUGAUACUACAUAUGGUAGUCGUUUGUGAUAAAUUGGACAUGUUCGGGUAUGCCCUCCGUCAUCCGAAGCUUCCUGCUCGCAAUGGGAUCGUGAAUGCCGCCGGACUGACCCCAUUGACGCUCGCCUGCCAGCUGGGUCGCGCAGAGGUCUUUCGGGAGAUGUUGGAACUGUCUGCACGAGAAUUCUGGCGUUACAGUAAUAUCACCUGCUCGGCAUAUCCGCUGAAUGCACUCGACACGCUGUUACCUGACGGCAGAACAAACUGGAACUCCGCGCUAUUUAUCAUUCUGAACGGUACGAAGGAGGAGCACUUGGACAUGCUGGACGGUGGUAUUAUUCAGCGAUUACUCGAGGAAAAAUGGAAGACCUUUGCGCGGUUGCAGUUCUUGAAACGGUUGAUCAUCCUGGUGUUCCACCUGACAUCACUCUCGCUAGCCGUGUAUAUGAGACCGUCGAACAUCGAUGCCACUCUCCUUGAAUGGCCAGAAGAAAUCACGGAAGUUGGACGCAUGAUCGCGGAGUGCACCACGGUGAUAGGUGUGCUAAGCUACAUUUUAGUGCAACUAGGCGGCGAGGUCGUCAACAUUGGUCUUCUGUCGUUCAUGAAACAAUUGAGUCACGAGCCUGCCAAGCUCAUAUUCUUGAUCAGCAAUCUGCUCAUACUCGCGUGCAUACCAUGUCGUCUUGCUGGUAAUAGGCAUGCUGAAGACGCGAUACUCGUGGUUGCUGUUCCUGGCUCUUGGUUCCUCCUCAUGUUCUUUGCUGGCGCUAUCCGGUUGACCGGUCCAUUCGUUACCAUGGUCUACAGUAUGAUAACCGGUGACAUGUUGACCUUCGGGAUAAUCUACAUGGUGGUGCUGUUCGGAUUUUGCCAGUCGUUCUACUUUUUGUAUAAAGGCUUCCCGGGAGUGAAAUCAUCCCUCUACAGUUCCUAUCACUCGACCUGGAUGGCACUGUUUCAGAUAACCCUCGGCGAUUAUAACUAUACGGACCUCGGCUACACGACCUACCCUAAUUUAUCGAAGAUGGUGUUCGCCAUAUUUAUGGUCCUGGUGCCCAUACUGCUGCUGAAUAUGCUGAUUGCGAUGAUGGGCAACACUUACGCGCAUGUGAUCGAGCAGAGCGAGAAGGAAUGGGUGAAGCAAUGGGCGAAAAUCGUGGUUUCUCUGGAGCGUGCAGUCGCGCAGAAAGAUGCGCAGAAUUAUUUGCAAGAAUACAGUAUUAAACUGGGACCUGGAGAUGAUCCGAACAACCCCGCCUCGGAACAGCGCGGAGUCCUGGUUAUUAAAAGUAAAUCGAAAACCAAGGCGAAGCAACGCAAAGGCGCGGUAGCUAAUUGGAAGCGCGUAGGCAAAGUGACGAUAAACGAAUUGAAGAAACGUGGCAUAACAGGAGAGGCGUUGCGACGAGUCAUGUGGGGCCGAGCAUCUUUCUCCACUCCUGUCAGAACAAGUCCAAACACUGUCGAGCCUCAAGUUUCAGCGGUUACGGCCGGUUUUGGAGACGCAUUGACCGCGGCACUGGAUGUGAUGGCGUUCGCCCACGAUCUCGACUUGUCUACUGCUACGGAAGGAAUUCCGACCAACAUCGACGCGAAGCAGUCGAAAUCGAAGACCGCCUGCAAGGAUCAAGCGAAAUCGGCGACGAAUAAUCAGGAAAAAGUGUCGACGAACGUUCAGCAACAACGGAAACUAACCACGGAAAAUCUGGAUAAUCUGGCGAGCAGUCGUAAUGAUAUUGACAAAACAUCUAGCGAAUUUGUGGCCGUUCGCGAGAUGAAUUCGAAGAACGCGAGUCAUUCGAGCAUGGCCGAGGAUUUUCAGGAUCCGCUUUUAGAGCUUGUGAUUGCUUCCGAAAAUACGGACGAUCCUGAAACGCUGCUGAAAAUAGCGGAGCGGGCCGCGGCGAAUUUCGAAGUGGAGAGCAGUUCGAAAAUAAAUCUGCAAAUUUUGGAGCAAUUCACGAUGACUAAGCUACCUAUGGAGGAGAAAGUUACCGCUACAAAGAAGCAGUACUUUGUUGAAUCGAGCGACAACGAUUUUAGUGGCGACAAUCUACUCGGAACCGAGGCCCGUCUACGUAGAAUAAGAUCAGCGAACAACAGAUUUAUCACGACACGGAGACGGUCGCGGCACACCGACGACGACCUGUCAUCCAUGUCGUCCACAUCCGCUGACAGAAAUCCUCAAUAUCAGCCAUUGCUCAACGGCCCUGAGAACUUGGCGGGCCGUCAAAUCGAAAGUCGAGAGAGCUCUAUCGAAGCAAUUAAGCCGCAAGUAAAGCAGAACGGGUCAUGCGAUUCAGUGAAGAUCAAGGUUCAGAAGCGUCGACCGAAAACGGCGAAAAAUAGGGUAUCACCGAAGGAAAUAGAGGAGGCUGGUUCGAGGAGAAGAGAAUCGAUCGAGCGGAAUAAGGCGGUUUCACCGGCGACGUCGCCUACUGAUCCGCUCGAACCAUGGAGCACACGCGGCAUUAAGGACAUGAACACGAUAUUGGCUUGGGAGGAGAAUACGCCGGACAGUCCUUAACGAAACUUUACGAUAUUAUGCGCCGUGUACCUCCGGCUGACCGUUCGAUCGACAAAAUGGCAUCAAUGGUUUUUGCCCUGGCAGCAAGCUGCGACGUGUUAAGUACUUUGAAGCUCGAGAUCGCUCGAAAGUCAAACCGAGAUUCAACCGAUAUAGAGAAUUCUUGAAGGAUUCGAUGGUAACGUUGAGGAAGUAUCGAGAGAAAAAGGGAAAACACAGUCGCUACAAACGGUAUUUGUAUGUACAUCAAACAAACUCUUAUCGCAAGAUAUAGUUUCUGUUUUUUAAAUAGCUUCUCACAGUUCACUUUCACAGUAUCAAUGUGAUUUGCAGUAUUGUGUUGUUUAUAGCUGCCGACUAUAGGUAUUGGAAUACUUAUUGAUAUUUGGUGUAGAAUGCUAUUCACUGCUUUUAUCUUUUAGCUAUUUUAUUGUUAACCAGUCAUUUCGUCCGCAACGUAUAUGUAUUUUUUAUAAUGUAAAAUAUUAAGUAGGAAAUGAAAUUUGUUAGAUUUUUCGAAUAAAUGUAACCAGUAGGUGUCCCAAUAUUUAUGGCUGGCUAUAUGAAAGUAUCACUAAAUCAGACGAAAUUUUAAACUUACUUGGACCCAAUUAAUAGGUAUGUUAAAUGCCCAAAUAAAUACAACGAUGUACAAAUGCUUUUUUGUAGCCACUGUAUAUCGUUAGUUCGAAGUAUAUAUACAUAUAAUAUAUAUAAAUACGUAUAAGUUUGUUUUUCGCUCAAACUGUCUGGAUACAACGCGAAGUGAUGCUAUUUCGUGUUAUGUCUGCCGUUAUUAGGCAUUUUACAUUUAGUUCCAGCGAAACGCAAUUUGUCUUACAUCGUGUAUUGUGUGUAAUAUAUUUCCGUUGAGGAAGAUAAAGUGAAAGUUGGCAAGAAUCUGUUUGAUUUCAAUUGUUCGAAAUGAAUUUUAUAGAACUUUUGAAAGUUGUUUUAAUUUCAUAUCGCAAAAGUAAAUUGUGAUUGAGUUUCGUUAGAGAUGUUAGAGAUAUAGGUUUUUAUUCGAAAAAGUGGUUCAAGCGUUAAAAUUGUAACGUCAUCAAAUCAAGUUCAUUUAUGUAUUUAAGGAACAAGAGGAUUAAAAAUUUAAUAAGAUUGUCGUCCUAGCACGUGGGUGAUACACAGAGCGUUUUUGCCAUUCAUUUAGUUCGUUAGUUAAAUCUCUAUAAAUGAAUAACAAACGUAUCAAAUGUUCAUCCAAGAACACUUUAAUCCGAUUACAAGGAGUACGAAAAUACGAAGAUGCUAGACGAAAAGCGUUUAUUCCUUUUGUAGCGUACCAAUAUUGACUAAUAUCAUAAAGGACAAUGACGUAAUGAUAAAAUCAACAAAUAGCAAUUUCUUUCUGCAAAAGGAUUAAUUCUUCGCAUUUAUGAUCGCAAAAAAAGAUUCAAAGAAAUCAAAGUCUUGCUGACGAACGCCACUCGUUUGAUCAGAUGUUGCUCAUUAAACUGUUCUUUGAUAUGAAAGCAUAUACAUCUCGAUAAAGAAACAACAGCAAUGAAAAAUAAAACUCUAGAUAUUUUGAAAAAAAGUUUUGAAAAUUACUUAAUUAAAAGCUUUUAUAGAAAUAUUGUAUAAUAAAAUAUAUAUAGUAAUUUGAAGCAUAGUUUGGGUAUCUACGAAUAAACGUUCAGUUUUUGAUAGAUCAACUUUAAUUAAAGAUAUUGCUGUAGUAUAUCGAUUAUUGAAGUUCAAGAAACAAAUGUAUCAUAAUAUUAAGUAAUUUGGUAUUUAAGUAGUAUCUAAGUAAUUUUUAAAUUAAAUAAAAAAAUAGAAGGAGUUUAAAAAAAUAUUGCACGUGCCAAAAAAGAAAAGGGAAUAUAAAUCUUAUAACAGUACGCCCUAUUUGAAAAAUGAUCGAAAUACUAACACAGGGCUAUACAGUUGUAGAUAUUUCAGGACAUUUUGUAGAGUAAGAUUCAAAUAGUAAGAUUCAAAUUUUACAGUAGAUCAAUUUUAAAUAAGAAAUAAUUCUAAGAUUAUUCGUAUUGCCAUUUCCUAGCUUAGGAAUAAGGAAGAGAAGAUUAAGAUUUAUACAUACGAAAAGUAAUGUGAAUUUUGACCCAUUAAGAAAUUUCUUUUUUGUUUACUCUCGAGUCAAAAUUCAAUAGAAAUUCUAAUUUCACGUUCAAAAAUUCUAUUUUAAUUUAUAAUUUUCUAUUGUUACUGAUAUGGAUCUAGAUUAUUAAUUUUGCUCCCGUUUUUCCCACGUUCGAUUUUGAAAGUUUAUCACGCACGUAACGCUGCACUCACCACUCUUCUAUAACUCAUCUUUAUAUUUAUUCCAAGCAGAGUGUUAUUAAAAUACUUAAGAAAAGUUUCCUACUAUUUAUAGGAAUGAAAUAUGUAUUGUGCAAACAUUUCCUCUUCAGAGUUACGGUCUUCGAAAACCACGUGCAAAGUUACAUCGACUUCUUCGUUUAAAAAUCUAAAUGUAGUCGAGCUCUUAUAACAAUGAAAAAAGAAAUACGAAACUGUACAAUCGCAAAUGUUUUUCUUUGGAAUUUUGAAGUUACACACAAAAUGGUAUAUUUGUACGGAAGAAAGAAGCGCAGGAAAGAAAGUUACAAUUAUCGAAAAAUGCAGAAAAGAAUUUAAAUUAUUGUAACAGAAAUUAUCAAGCUUCCAUGACAAAGUUAACAGUGUAAGAGAGUAGAAGUUAUAUGUACAAGCUACUAUAGUAUACAAGAUGUACCACAGAUACAUUUGAUACGUAAAAAUAGGGAAAUGGGAACAUAUUUCUCAGAAAUCUGACGUCUAAAGAAGCGGUGGAGGAAAGCGAAAUCGAAGCACACGGCUUCCAAUAUUAACACCAACAGCAAACUGUUAUUAAUGUGUCCUUAACAAUACUAGAACUAUUGCUGUAGCAAUAAAGCGGAGCGUGGAACAAUUAUCUUUUUUACGUACAUAUUUAAAAUAAAAUAUUACAUUACGUAUCCGGUGUAUUAUUUUUCCUCCAUAUUUUAUUUAUUUUUUAUAACUGAGUACUAUGUAGAAUUGGGAAAUGUAUCGUACUAAUAUUGUAUAAAGCCUCAAUUCGUAGUAUAUUGAGAAGCUCAUUUAAAUACGUUUCGCGUGUACUUGAUAAUUUUGGAAAUAUUUCUAAUAUUUUUAGGUGACAGGAUAUACCUACUUCUACAGUACUUCAUUUAUCGACACGAUAUUUUAGUUAGCGUCCCGAUUAACUGGAUUUUCGCUAAUUGUAAUGGGGAGAAUGGGUAAACUCUUAUUAAAAAAACUACAAUCAUAUAUGUCGUAUGUCGCUAAUAGGCAAUACAUAUUA